GAGGUUUCAGAGGGUAAAACAAACGCCCCGCUCUCUGUGGGGGAGCAACGUUACAGGUGAGGUACCAACACACCUGAGUAUUACAAUCAGACAUGAGGCCAAACGUGACUCCUGUGCUGCUGCUAGCGGCGUGUUUCCUCGCUGUGUGUGCUCUUUUACAUGUGGAGGAGAUGAGGAGCCAGGAGCGGCUCUUCCUCAGCUCCCUGGGGCUCUCCGAGCGACCUCGGCCCGCGGGGAGCCAGCAGCGGCGCCACGUCCCCUCCCCGCUCUGGAGAAUGUUCCGGAGGUCAGAGAACAUCCAGGCCCGGGAGAGCGACCCCUGCACGGUGUCGGAGUACGGAGUCCGCGGCAACAUCAUCCGAUACGUGCAAGACCAAGGCAGGCUGAUGUCGGGCUGGAGCAGCAGCUGUCAGGCCUGUCUGGAGAAGCAGCUUUUCUUCAACAUGUCCGUCCUGCAGCCUGUGGAGCUGCUGUCUCUGGCUCAGCUGGAGAUCAAGUUCCACUGGAAGCCCUUCAGAUCGGCAGAUCUCCUGCAGGGGCCCCGGGCCCUCGGCGUGUCUCUGUAUAAAGUGCUUCGAGCCACGCUGAGGGGAGCCAAUCCCCGGGCCAACCGCAGACUCCUGCUGUCCCAGUCAGUCCAGCUGCAGCCUGAGCCCGCCUCCAUCACCAUGGACCUCACCUCGCUGGCAGAGAGCUGGCGCACACCGGGACGCAACUACGGUUUGGUUUUAGAGCUGCUUCCUCUCAGCACAGAUUCAAAGGAGUUUCUUCCGUUUCACCCCGGGAACUCGCUCCCUUUGGAACCAGCCUUCACCCUGCCGCUGAUCCAGGCCUCGCUGGUGGCCGUGUCCCUUAAUCCCCACCAGUGUAGCUCCAGACAGAGAAGAAGCACCGUCCACCUCCCAGUGACACCCAGCAACGUGUGCAAGGCGCGCCGCCUCUACAUUGACUUCAAAGACGUGGGCUGGCAGGACUGGAUCAUCGCUCCACAGGGUUACAUGGCCAACUACUGCCACGGCGAGUGCCCGUUCCCGCUCAGUGAGAGUCUGAACGGCACCAACCACGCCAUCCUGCAGACCCUGGUGCACUCCCUGGACCCGAACGGCACGCCACAGCCCUGCUGCGUCCCCAUCCGCCUCUCCCCAAUCUCCAUGCUCUACUACGACAACAACGACAACGUGGUGCUCCGACAUUACCAGGACAUGGUGGUGGAUGAGUGCGGGUGUCGAUGAUGUCGGUGGACAUUUCUCACUAUCAAAUAUCCACCAGUUAUUGUUUUAAGCUUUUCUUGGUCCAAAGUUAGGAGUCUCAAUGUCUUAAUGUGACUUAAUGCUGUUUGUUUGUUUGUCUGUCAGACGAGGUCUUCAGUGUACAAUGUUCUUUGCUGUCCGUGAUAUAGAAUUUUAACAUUUGUAUUCUCACAGAAAUUUAGACCUAUUAUUUUGUUGUUUUUUUUUUAUAUGAAGGCUGGUGUUAAUAAAAAUUGCAAUAAAGCCACACUGGAGGACUUAAUUUGAAAGACAA